UUAUCUAGGAAGUAAAGAUGCCCGGUCCAACUAUCAGUACAAGCCGUUUAGAGAAUAAUUUAAUGUAUCUAGACGAUUAUUUAGAUACACUAGAGUCUCUACCCGCAGAAUUGCAGCGCAAUUUAACAUUAAUGCGCCAACUCGACGCUAAUACACAAGAUGCAAUAGACGGUGUUGCUAUACAAGCUACUAACUUGUUGGAUAACCUACCUGAUCUUAGUCGAGAAGAAAAAGUGGAACAACUUAAAAAGCUUGGAAGUUUGUUAACUGACAGUUUAAAAAAUGGAGAAGAGAGAGUUUCCUUGGCCACUUCAACAUACGAUACUGUUGAUCGUCAUAUUAGAAGACUCGAUGAUGAUCUUCAAAAAUUUGAAGACGAACAAAUGACAGGCCCGGGUAGAAUUAGCCCAACAGCUGCUGCCAAUGUUGCUCGCGAUCAAGAGGUAACUCGCAAACAAAAUCAGAAGAAUGAAAAAGAAAAGAAAGAAAGCAAAGAAAAAAGGGCACAACAAAAUAACGAAACAUCAAAUCAUAAAAAGCGUAAGACCAACAAAGACACUGCUACUCCGCCGCCAGCGGCAUCUCGGAAUCAUGGGGAGAAAGAACGGGAAAAACCAAACAAAAGAAAGAAGGAAAAUAGUAAAAAUAGCAAAACUAAAGCAACAGUAACAACAGAGAAAACAAAUGAUGAUACACAAGCUGCUGCAGAUAUGCCUAUUGAUCCUAACGAACCUGUUUAUUGUUAUUGUCAACAAGUCAGUUGGGGCGAAAUGGUCGCUUGUGAUAAUAAUGAAUGUGAAAUCGAAUGGUUUCACUAUCCCUGUGUUAGUCUCAAAGCUCAGCCGAAAGGCAAAUGGUAUUGUCCUGAUUGUACAGAAAAACUUAAAAUACGCAGAAGAUAAUUGUCUUGAUUGCGGCUAAAAAUAAAUUGAGGACAACGAAUUCUUUGUGAAUUUAUAUUUAAUACUACUUUGUUAAUCCCUGCUAAUAAUAUCCAAAAUAAGUAUAUCGAUAUCUUAUGUCACUUAACACUUUAAAUAUUUAAAUUUUUGCUCUUGAAAAUUCAGAUUUAUCUUGUUUUGGUAUCAUUUAAAAUAAAAUAAAGGUGUUUUCUUCGAAAAAAAAUGUACAAAUGUGGAUCCAGAAUUAAUCUAGAAAGUUUCCAUAAUUGAUAUAUUUCGUCAUACUUUACCAUAGUACAUUGAUCUCCAUAAAUUCAUC